AUGGCCAACCUCAUCGAGCAGUGGACGACAACAUCGUCGUCAUCGUCGUCAUCGUCGUCAUCAUCGUCAUCAUCGUCAUCGUCGGCUUCUACUGUGGUGGCGAGCAUGGAUGCCGCGCUGAUGGUGGCCUCUUCGGUGGUGGCUGCCAUCGGAAGCGAUGACGGCAUGCGACGUCAACUGGUUGAUGUUCUGCUUGCCGUGCCGGCGGACAAGUUCCCGCGCCGACUCGUCCACAAGGUCGUCGGCGCGUUGCGUGGCGUGCUGGACGAGGGCAACCGGGCGGCGGUCGUGGCGUCUCUCGCGCGGAUGCAGUCUUCGGGCGCGCUUGACAAGGCCCAGGCCGGCUGGCUCGACGACGCACUGGCCGACGGCGACCCUGCGACGCGGGCGGCAGGGCUCGCUUGGCUGCAAGCGCUUCCGCCGUCACCUUUCCUCCUUGCGAGCUACUCUCGUAGCACGCGGCUGCUCGACGACCCAUACGCUGCGGUCCGACUGGCAGCCGUGGCGGUUGUCUGGCGCAUCGUGCUGCUCUACCCGCAGCACCGAAUCGAGGCGCGGGACGCGGCGACGAACCUGGUAGGCAAGACAAGCGGUACGCAUGAUGACGAGGCAGUGGUGGAGCGGGUGCACACACCACGGCUGCUCGAGCACGGCUUUACGCUCCUAUGCACCCGGGUCACCGAUCCGGACCGACACGUGCGGGCGGCAGCGGCGCGCGGGCUCGGCGCGCUCUCGGGCGUCGACGACUUUCUGCUUAUCCAGACGCUGGACAAGAAGAUUCUGACGGUGGACCAGGACCCGAAGCGGCGGUCGAAGCAGUACAACAAUAUGGUGCGGGUGUUUGGCGAAGCUGAGCUACCGCCGCAUGUCAGGCUGCUGGAGGCCGGCGCUGUCGGUGCUUUUGUCCACGGCCUGGAAGACGAGUUCUGGCACGUCCGCUCUGCCACCAUCGACGCCAUGUGCGAGCUGGCAGUGGGUGCGGCGUCGCCGCGAUUCGCCGACGCUGCCGCAGACUUUCUUGUCGACAUGUUCAACGACGAGAUCGACGCUGUCCGACUUAAUGCCCUCACGUCGAUGGCCAAGAUGGGCGGCCGCGUGCAGCUCUCCGACUCGGCGCUCAAGACGGUGCUGGACCUGGUUGGCGACGCGUCGCCGGCGCUGCGUGGCGCGACGUACUCGCUUCUGGCGUCGAUCAAGCUGCCGUCGGCGUCGGCGCUCCACGCCACCGUCUCGGGUGUCAUCGCGUCGCUUCUCAAGUACCCAGGCGACGAGGCGCGAGUUUACGGCCUCGCUGCCGCGCUUGGCCGUGCCCACCCGGCCUUUGUCCACUUUCUCACCUCGGAGCUGUUUGCCAUCUCGGCUGUCUUUGAAUCGCGCGAGCCGCCGGUUGACGACCCGCGGUACAUUGCGCUCAUGGUUCUCGUCUUUGCCGCCGCCUCACAGGUCCCAGCCAUCUACGCGCUGCUGCCCAAGUACACCGCUCGCCACGUCGGCUACCUUGCCGACAAGCUCCCGCGGUUUUUCCCUCCGGCGGCAAGUCUGCCGCCACCGACAGCAGCGCCGCCGUCGGCUGCUUCCGCCGCGCCAGUCGGCGUCUCGACCAUGGGCCGGCUCCUACGCGAUUUGGCUGCAACCGCGCGCGGAGAGGGCUCCGGAACCGAGCUUUCGGGCGUCGCACAUGCGGUCGAGUCGCUGGAGCGCUCUGAGACAGGGCUUGGCGCCGGCCAUCUGCUGGGGCGGCUCGUGGUGCUUGUCCGGGCACAGCGCGAGGCGCACGGUCUGGGCUUGGAUGCCGAGCACGGCGUGCUGUGGCGGCAGCUGGCAAAGGAGGUCACCGUGGCGACACAAGAGAUCCGCACAGGUGUCGCUGGCUUACCAGCAUCGUUGGCAAGUGUGGUGACCGAGUACGAGCUCUUCGGCUCGGCGCUGGAGCUGGUCGGCGCGUCGCUAGAUCCGUCGGCGACUGGGAGCGCGGGGCGGAGCCGGUAUGUGCUACAGCUUGGGGCGCAGAUCCGCACCGUGAAGCGCAGCCUUUCCAAGAGCGGGCGGAGCCUCGCGCCGGCGUUUGCUGAUGCACUGACGGUGGCGGCGACGGUUCCACAGGGCACGCCGAGCUCGGGUGUGGAGACGUGCGCGGCGGCGCACGCAGCGGUGAAGGCGAUGGUCCCGACGCUGGUGGAUGACAGCGCGACGCUGCGGACACUGCGCAGCGUCCGGCGCGUCCGCGGCGUUGUGGCUGUUCCGCGAGAGAACGCCGGCGCGGCAGUCUCGGCAUCUGCACUUGUUCCACUCCCGAUCAACGUCGAAGCGCGGGUGGAGGCUGGCACCGGAGUCAUCGACGCUCUCGCGGUUCGGGUGGAGCUCCCGGACGGGCAGGUUCAGUACACACGCGUGCCACGGAAGCGGAUCCGGCUGGCGACGCGGCGCCGUGGUCAUCACCUGCGGCGCUGCGCAUCGGGCUCGUCGCCGGCCCGCACCAUGUCGCGCUAG